GACUCUUUCUCUAUUUUUCGAAAGUAAACAUAAUCGAAAUAGUUUAAAGAAAUAAAAAAAUUUCAACAAAGAAAGCAAAGUGCAGAUCAAGAGGAAGAUAAUUCCAAAAAAGAAGCGAGCAGAAGAUUGAUUCAUUAAAAACCCAUUGUAUUACCUUUUAUAGAAGAGGUUUGGAUUCUAUUAGCAUUGCUCAGAUGGCAUCACGUACUGUUGGCUUCAUUCAAGAUCAGAAUUUUAAUGUUCACCACAAUGGUGCUUCUGUUGUGGGCAAGGCAAAUAUCUCUAAAGCGCCGAGGAAAGGCGGUAUUGGUGGAAGGAAACCACUUGGUGAUCUAUCAAAUUCAGUGAACCCGACCCCAAACCAGACAUCAAAAAAGGAGAAUUCUAAAAUUUUUUCAUUUGCUGAGAAAGAGACUGGUGCCUCUAAACUUACACAUGAUUCAAGCAAAAAGAAGAGUGUCUCUAAGGCCUCAGAGAAAGUGCAAACUGGUGGCAGAAAAGCUCUCUCUGACAUUUCAAACUCAGGUAAGCCACAUUUGCAGGAGACAUCAAGGAAGAAUCAAAUUGCAAAGCUAAACAUUUUGGCAGAGGAUCCACCUCAACCCAAAGAUAUUGCAGGGGAAGGAUUUUUGCAUAAUCAUGAAGAAUGCAUCAAAGCACAGAGAAGAGCACUGAGCACAAAUCAAUUUUUGCAGAUACUUGGAUUAGAUGAUUUCUUGAAACAGUCUGCAUCUGCAAAGGAACCUCAAAUGUCAAACAAAAUGAAGCAUGAGAGUCCUCCAAGGUGCUCCGAACUUGGGCAGAUGCCUGAGCUGCUGAUUGAAGAUCUGUCUCCUCCAAAGCAUAAGUUGUUAAGCAAAUUUGACUCAGCCCCACCUAGUCCAGAGCCACUGGAUAAUUAUAUGCACUGGGAUGACCCUAAGUACAUUCCCAGUUUUAAGUUGAUUGAAUCACCAUAAUGGUGAAAGUACUGAUUUCCAUUGCCUUUUUGUCAAUUCUACCUGGUAGUAUACUAGCAGUAACUCAUGUAUUACAAAUUCUCGUGUUGUAGCUUGUACUGGAUCUGUUGGCAACUUAUGUUGCACUCAAGUUUGAGAUGAAAUCACAACUUUAAAUUUUUAGCUUCUCCA